AGGAAGCCGGAGACUUCGCAGCAAAAAGGGCACAGUCUCCCCUCUGCAGGCUGCAGCCACCACGCACACCGGCGGCGCUGGCCGGAGAUGGAGCCGACCGGCCGGAGUACCAAGAGGAUGAGACCCGCGCCACCCGACAUCCACCAAUCGACGCCAGGUCCAGCGGAGACGACCGAUCUGGAAGCCACGACCGCGGGGAGAACCCAACACCCGCCGCCGGGAGCUGGGAGAGAUGGCGGCGAGGGGUCGCCGGACCGCAUCAGCGAUCUUCCCGACGCGGUCCUCGGCGAGAUAAUCUUCCUCCUCCCCACCAAGGACGGCGCCCGCACUCAAGCCCUCGCGUCCCGGUGGCGCCACCUCUGGCGCGCCUCCCCUCUCAACCUCGACUGCCGGGGCCUCUCCGGCAACUUCCCCGGCGCCAUACUCUCCGCCCACGGGGGCCCCGUCCACCGCCUCUGCCUCCCGUCGCUCCUCCUCCAGUACAGAGCCGAUGUGGCAGGCACCUGGCUCCGCUCCCCCUCCCUGGACAAGCUCCAGGAGCUCGAGUUCUACCUAGAGCUGCCAAUAACAUACAGAUUUUCGUUCUCAAGGUUACAGCUGCUGCAACCACCGCCGGCGUCCAUCUUCAGGUUCUCGUCCACUCUCCGCGUUGCCACCAUCAGUCAGUGCCAUCUCCCGGACAAUACUGUGGAGACGCUUCAGUUUCCCCUGCUCAAGAAGCUUGCGCUCGUGGAGGUCAAAAUCUCGGAGGGCUCGCUGCAGAGCAUCAUCACCUCCGGCUGCCCUGCCCUGGAAAGCUUGUUGCUCAGGACUAGUUUUGACAUCCGUGGUCUCAGGAUCAACUCCCCUAUCCUUAAAAGUAUAGGCGUUCAUUCUAGGUUUGUAGAACUCAUCAUUCAGGAUGCUCCUUCACUUGAAAGAUUGCUCUGUCUGAGAAUGGAUAUGAGAAUGCGAGUGUCAGUAAUCUCCGCACCUAGACUGGCGACCUUGGGUUACAUUUCUCAGGAUUCACCGGACUCCAAAAUCAUGUUUGGCUCCACAGUUAUUCAGAGAUUGUGCGUUGUUAGCCUGACAAUGGUGGUGCGUACUGUCAAGAUCUUGGCUGUCCAUAUGAAUUUUAAUCUGGAUAUGGUUAUUGAGUUGAUGAAAUGCUUUGUAUGCCUGGAGAAGUUGUAUAUGAAGAUUCAGACAGAUUCACCAGCAGGAACAAAUUUCUGGCGUCAUAAACACCGGAAUUUUAUCACAUCUCAGGACAUUCGUUUGAAGACCUUAGUGCUAGGGCAUUACCGAGGCAUCCAGGCACAAGUUAACUUUGUCACAUUCUUCAUACUGAAUGCGAAACUGCUAGAGUCCAUCCGACUUGAGGUUGAUUCCAGGGAUUACAAUGACGGAUUUUUCGCAGAACAAUGUAGGAUGCUUCAGAUGGAGAAAAGGGUUUCUAGAGGUGCUCAGCUCUGUGUUACAACAGGUUCUCACAAUGAUGUUUCGAGCACCGUUGACCUCAGUGAUUUGGAUUUGGUUGAUCCAUUCACAUGUAGAUGUUGAGAGUGGGCCUGGCUCCUGGUUGAGUUAUUCUUGCGUAUCUCAUUCUGUGGUUUUGCCCAAGCUUGAAAACAGGACCAAACGACGAUGGCCAGAGUCAGCUAUAUCAUGAAGAUAUCAUCUGCGGGUGCCCAUUUUGAUUGUCCACGGGUACACCUCCCAAACUGUUUCAUUUGCAGUGAAGAUUGUACAGUGUCUUCUCAAUGUCUAUUGCGAGCUUGCUUCGAGUUGCAUUCUUAUAUGCAAGAAGAAGACUCUGAAAGUAUCUAUCUGAGUUUGCAUAAAGGAAAAUUUCUGUUGUUCUUUCCACUGUCCAACGUUGGGUGUUUUGAACCAUGUUGUUUGAUUGACAAGCAGAUUGUCACCAUGAUGUUUCGAGUAUCAUUGAUCUCGGUGAUUUGGAUUUUUGUGAUCCCUUCACAUGUAUAUAGAUGAUGAAAGUCGGCCUGGCCCCUGGUGGAGUUAUUCUUGCAUAUCUCACUCUGUUUUGGUCCAAACUUAGCUAGUCUUUCUAACCUUGUGUUGUCCCUGAACUUUGUGUUAUUUAAACACUAAAAGAAAUCAGGACCAAACAACAAUGGCUGGAGUCAGCUAUAUUUUCUUUCUUUUUUUUCGAAACGGAGAUCAGCUAUAUUUUCUGGGGGUGCUCAUUUUGAUUGUCCACUGGAACACUGCUCAAAUUAUUCCAUUCACAGUGAAUAUUGUACAGUGUCUUCUCAAUGUCAUCGGGAAGCACCGAGGUGUCACUGAAUAUUGUAUCCAUCUGAGUUUUGCAUAGAGGAAAACUUCUCUUGCUCUUUCCAUCAUCUAGGUUCGCUGCUAAAGCUGGGAGUGUUGUGGUAAUUAAUUAUCAAUCGCUCACAACUUCAGAUUCGAUAACUAGGGUGUGUGGAACCAUGUUUUUUAACUGGGUUUUGUAAUCGUGGAGAUGGUUAUUCUCGUUUCGUGUUUUGCCCAAAGUAACUUUAUUAGGUCUCGUGUCUGUACUGUUGCUAAGUUUGUACUAUCACAACACAACAGUGUGAUGGUUAAAAACUAGCUACUUGUGAAGCCAUCAGCCAUGCCUGGUGAUGUCAGUUAUAUUCAGACUGCGGGGCUCAUUUUGAUUUUC